AUGUCAUCAUCAUCAUUUGCACAAACAAGAUCACAAGCAUUAAAUUUAGAAAAACAAACAGAACAAUUACUUUCACAAUAUUCCCAAUGUCAAUUACAACAAAAUUUAGAACCAAAUCAAGAAGAAAUAACAAUUAUAAAUCAUAUUCAAGAAAUCUUAGAUAAACGAAAUGCAAUAAUCAAUAAACUUAAUAGAAUUUCUGAAUCAAUAGAUAUAUCAACUUCAAAAUUACAACAGUUAACUAGACAUCGAGAAAUCUUACAAGAUCAUACAUUUACAUUUCAAAGAAUUGCUAAUCAAAUUCAAGAUGAUAGAAAUAGAAACAAUCUUCUAUUCUCAGUUCAAUCAGAUAUAAAUGCUCAUAAGAAACAAUCACAGACUCAAGAUACUCAAACCGCUAAUGAUUAUAUUCUACAUGAAUCUCAAAGGGUAGAUAAUGCCAAUAGUAUAGCUGAUAGAUUAUUACAAUCAGCAUUCAAUACUCGUGAUGAAUUAUUAAAUCAACGACAAUAUUUAUCAAAUGCUCAAAGUAAGAUGUUUAAUACAUUACAAAAUAUUCCGGGAAUAAAUGUAUUAAUUUCUAAGAUUAAUACAAGAAGAAAGAGGGAUACUUUGAUUUUAGCAAGUGUCAUUGCAUUAUAUUUCAUUGAAGAAACUCCUGAUUACUUAGUUCCAUAUAAUUGGAGAUUACCUGCUGACCAAAACAAAUUCGCUCAAUAUAAAAGCUUAAAGAAAAUGCGUCAAGGUCAACAGAAAGCUGCUGGAUGCUGUGCCAUUAUGUAA